AUGUACACAGUUGCCGUUGAGACGUUAUUGCGGAUGACAGCUGUUGAACCGCAUGAAGAGCUGAAGGCACGCGGGGAGCUGGUUGAGUUCGAAGACAGCGCGGAUCAAACGGCGAGCUUUGUUUCGCACCAGUGGAUGACCCAGCAUCACCCUGACCCCGAGUGCGAGCAGCUGAAGAUUUUACAGGGUGCCUUCACGCAUCUUUUGAGCAGUGGCGGCAGUGUGCCUGUGGACUUCGUUACCGAGGCUUUUGUGCUCACCGCAAAACCGAUUCCGAAGAGCACGUUUCGGACCUCUGCGCUAGUUGUGUGGUAUGACUACUUUUCUGUCCCACAGCUGGAGAAGCGCCAAACCUUUGGUGCUGACGACAAGGACGGCAGCCAGCAAGCGAGAGGUAUCAACAGCAUCCCGGCAUAUGUGGCCAGGUGCAAGCAUUUUCUGGCACUUUGCCCAGCUCUCAAGUCGGACUCCAAAGUGCUCGGUGCGAUGACGUGGUCCCAGAGGGGCUGGUGCCGCGUGGAAAGAGCAGCGCGCGAGCUGUCUCCAGACAGCACCUGGAUUCUGAUUAAGAGUAGCACCUGCCUUGAAGUAUUGGGUGGAACGACGUCCUUUCCAACAGGUCCAGUCGGAGAAGGCAACUUUUCAAACGAAGAGGAUCGCCAGACAUUGGCACCAGUGAUGCGGAGCAUUGUAAUGCGGAAGAUGCUGCACUGCUUGAAGAGACGGGACUUCCCCGGCUUCCGGCGCCAGCUCAACUUGCAGAGUGUUCACUUUCGAGGCCUUGAGGUCCAGCCCAUAGACGGCCUCCUCGAUAUCGACCAUGAUGCCGAUGCAGUUUCACAAUUCCUCUUCCAGAACGGCCUCAGGAAUGUCCGAAAACCUGACACAGCAGGCUGGUGGCCGCUGCACUAUGCAGCGUUGUCCGGCCAGGCUGAGGUCAUCCGAGGGCUCCUGCAGCUGCGGGCAUCCGUCAACCAACGGACUUCCAAACCUGAGCCUAACUUGGGCGUUCCGCCAUGGAUGUCCGCGCUAGAUCUGGCAGCGCUUUUCGCGCACCGCGAUGCCGCACUGGCUUUGAUCUCCGCUGGCGCCGACAUGGAAGGCGGCGUGGCUCCAGCCCAGAACUACACUCCCAUGAUGGACGACGUCGAAGGCCUCCGCGCCCUUCGCGCCGCGGGAGCUCGUCGGGAAGCCACUGGCAUUCUGGGACACUGCCCCCUGCAUGUGGCAGCGGGUAUGAAUUCGCUGCUCUGUAUGGAGGAGCUGGCACCGCAUUCGAGCACCGAAGAGCUCAACAUGGCACUUGGGAUAACCGCAUUGCGAGGUGGCUCAGUGGAGCAGGUCCAGCUCUUGAUUUCCAAUCAAGCCGACGUGAACUGCCAAUACGACGUGGCACGUGAGAUGAACCGCUUGUUUCGGUUUGCUAUUCGAGCCACAGCUUUGGCGCUCCGCUGCGGGAAAGGCACAGGUUUCUCGACCAUCGCGUAUCAUUUUCACCGCAGCACGCCAUUGAUGCAUGCCGUGCGGAUGGCUAACUACGAGACCGCGGCGGCCCUAAUUGCAAACGGUGCAAGGGUAGACUCUGACCUUUGCGACUCCCGGGGCUUCAGCGUGGCCGAUUUUGCAAAAGGCCAAUCCAUUCCGCACUUUUUGCAGAAGGGUUUGGAUGGAGACCCUUCAGAAUGUGAACGGGUCAUGUCCCUCGCAUUCGAGAAUGGAAUGAUCGAGGUUGCCUUUUGA